AUGGGUAAUGGACAAAGCAGCAAAAGUGCUAGCUCAACUUCAAAUUCUUUUCUAGCUGGCAAAAAAUCGAGUUCGACAUCAAAAGGAAAAGUAAUUAUAGUAAGACAAGGAACUAACACAGAAAAGCAAUUAAAUGCCAGCAAUGAUGAUGUAUUAAAGCGGUUCUCAGAAAUUCCGAAAUUUUAUCCCAUAUUGAAAAGUGUGUUAAACCCGCCGGGUGUACGGGAUCCGUCUGAAGCUGUAUUCAGAAUAAGCACUCGUCCAGUAUUGAUGUUUGCAUACCGCUUACAGGAACAUUUGUCCCAGUGUGCUAAUGUUGUCGUUGUUCAGCAGGAAUUGCUGGGAAAUCUUAUAAAAAGUGUUAGUGCAUUAUUAAUAAUCUGCAAAAUUAUGCCUGUUAAUUUUCUUCAUUUAUGUCAUUUAUGUUUUCAGUUUCUUUUUCAAGAUUUGAUGCCAAUUGUACAAACAAUGAAUGAAAUUUUGCCGCAGCAAAACCGAUUACCGGUAUUAAACAUUGAUCCUCUUCCAAGCAAAACAAACGGUGUAGCAAAUGUGGAGAACAAGGAAGAGGUUUCUCGAGAUCAAAGAAAUUCAGUGGGCAAUAUUGAAAUUGAGUUGCAUAACAAAAAGCACUCAUAG